AUGUGUCCAGCUCCAACUGAGAGGCUUGAAAAGGUCUCAUUCAUUGAAAAUUUCGUGUCGCCAUAUCUUAAAGGACUCAAGUUCACUUUUACCCAGGAUAACCGCAAGCGAAGUUUCGAUCUUGUUCUUCGACACUGUAGCGUGGCUACCAUUCUAUACCAUACAAAGCUGAAAAAGUUCGUGUUUGUGAGGCAAUUUCGACCAGCGGUGCUCAUAGGGCACAUAUUGCGACAACCGGAGAAUUUUGGUAAAAAACUUAGUGAAGUUCGGUGGUCUGACUAUGAGGCAUCUCAUGGCUACACAAUGGAGCUAUGUGCUGGUCUGAUCGAUAAGGAUAUUUCCAUUGUUGACGUGAUGAAAGAAGAAAUUGAAGAAGAAUGUGGUUAUUCUGUAAAGAGCGAGAAUAUCCAUUUGAUUGCCACAUUCAGCAUUGCGGCCCAUGAAUCUGGAGGAAUUCAGUACCUCUUUUAUACCGAGAUCGAUGAUUCUAUGAAAGUAACGGAAGGUGGAGGAAACCCCGCCGAGGACGAAUACAUUACAAAGGUAUUCCUGAGCGAGUCCGAAGUUCUUGACUUUGUUAAUGAUGAAAAUUGUACUGGACCUCCAUCGAUGCUCUACGGAUUACUUUGGUGGUUCGCUCAUAGGCCUCAUCCUAAGAUGACUCAACCAACGGCCACUGCCUACGAAUGGAGGCCCAAAGGCAUGUUGCCUAUGACAGAUUACAAAUUUGAGAAAAUGUCAUCAUCAUCACGAUUUAUUCCUCAUCGAAUGCAGUUCACACUUGGUUCUCUUUCUCGAACCUGGGAUCUGGCGCUAUGUGAUGAUAGUAUUUCUAUACUCUUGUAUAAUGAGACUACAAAAGAAUUGCUAUUAACACAACGAUUCCGACCAGCUGCCUUAGUUGGUCGAGCGCGCCACCUAUCCAACGCGGGUUUCUCGUUGGAAGGGGUCGAUUGGAAGGCACAACCGUUAGAAUGGGCCUACACUUUGGAAAUGUGUAGUGGACAUUAUAAGACGGGCAGUUCAGUGGAAGAAAUCGACAGUCGAGUAAGAGAUAUUGUUGCCAAGAAAUGUGGCUAUCAGAUUCAAUCUUUUCGCUACGUGAAAUCAUUUAUAGUUGGAAUCAGUUUUUCGGGAGAUAGACAGCGAGCAUAUUACGCUAGAAUAAAUGAUUCGAUGCGUAUAAAGGAUUGGACACCCUACGAAGACAUUACACCGAUCUCCAUUCCAUACUCGACGAUUCCAUCAAUUCUCCGAGCAGAUUCACCAAUUGGUCCACCAGCUGUAUUAUAUAUGAUGCAGUGGUUCUUGAACAACAAUGAACAAUGA